AUGGGCUGCACAUCCUCUACCCCGGUCGACGACGACCCGCUGGCGCGGCGCGCCAUAGCCCCAGCGGGCGCGUUCGACUUCUCGACUCCGGACGGCAAGCAGCGCGUCGAGCAAUGGCACCGCGCGAUGGCGCCCGAGCUCCCGCCGCUUCUCGACGAGCCGGUACGCUGGGCGGCCGCGCUGCCGUCUUGCCUGUUGGUGAUGCUGUACCUCGUCGACCUGGGGAAGGGGUACCCUGACGUCGCCAUCGCGUUCGGCGACACCAAGGGCAACAUCACCCUCUCUUUCGAGGCGGCGCAGGCGCUCGGCCGCUCGGACGAGGAGCACGCCGAGCUGCAGAAGUCUGUCGCGCGCCCGUGGAUGCGGCUGUGCUACGGCGCCGGUGAGCUCGGGCUCGACCGGCCUGCGCGCAUGGUCGUCUACUACCUCCCGAAGCAGGCAGAGGGGAACAACUUGGACAUCGACUUCGCGUGGACGCUGGACAAGCUCGGCCCCCGGAAGUACCGCGACGACAACGACAACGCCCUCAAGGGCAUCCACGACUGGUACGACGCGCUCAAGGCCGGCGGGGUACCCGCGGCGCAGGCGUACCUUGACAAGUAUAAGAACCCCAACGUCGCUGAGCCGUCGGCGGGCGCGCGGAUCGAUCUCAGUCCUCCGGCGCAGGCGGAGGAGGCUAAUGUGCGUGUGUGA